AUGUGCGAUGUGACUGUAGGCGAAGCGGUUGAGGGCGGUUCCGGAUCGGCGCAGAAAAGGGAAGCAGGCGAUUGUAGCGAAGGGAACGGAGCGCGUGACAGUAUCGAAGUGAGGGAAAAGAGUGCGUGUAAGGAGAGCGCGGAGGUUAAAGGAAAGAGCGCGGAGGGUAGCGACGCAAAGGGAGUGAGCCGUGCGGAGGAAAAGGGAAGGGAGGGAGUGAUUAAGGAGGAGGAAGAUGGGGAGAAAAACGAGGAGGAGGAGGAGAGUGAGGAAGAGGAGGAGAGUGAGGAAGAGGAGAGUGGAGAAGAGGAGGAGAGUGAGGAGGAGGAGGAGGAGGAGGAGGAGGAGGAGGAGGAGGAGGAGGAGGAGGAGGAGGAGGAGAGUGAGGAGGAAGAGGAAGAAACAGCAGAGGACGCGGAUGAAGCAGAGGAGGAGAAGGAGGGGGAGGAGGAAGAGGAAGAAUUACGCAGGCCUCCCACGGUCCCACCUGUCGCAAUUCCCAACGUCAAGGUGGAGGAUUCGGAUGAGCUUUUGCCUCUGGGCCGCGGCCUCCCACCCAUCGCAGGCCUGCCACCCGUCGCGAUUCCCGAUGUCAAGGUGGAAGACUCGGACGAGCUCCUGCCUUUGGGCCACGUGUCAGCUAUUGUAGAGACAUCAGUGGGGGUUCAAGCUGACCCCUCUGCCCGCGCGCUAGAGGAGGGAUCUCUGCUCUUCCUGUCAGACCAUCGCUGCCUGUUGGGAGUAGUGGAUGAGAUUUUUGGUCCUUUUGUAGAUUCCUUACCCCUGUUUGUUCCACAGAUGGUUCAAACGUCAGUGGGGGUUCAAGCAGACCCCUCUGCUCGUGCUCUAGAGGAGGGAUCUCUGCUCUUCCUGUCAGACCACCGCUGCCUGUUGGGAGUAGUGGAUGAGAUUUUCGUGGUGGUUCAAGCCGACCCCUCUGCCCGCGCUCUAGAGGAGGGAUCCAUACUUUUCCUAUCUGAGCACCGGUGCCUGCUGGGUGUUGUGGAUGAGAUCUUCGGGCCGGUGAAAGCGCCGCUGUAUCGCGUGCGGUUUAACACGAGAGAAGAGGUGCCUGCGCUGGCGACUGUGGGUGUAGCGGGGCAAGGAAGUGGGCAAGGCAGAGGGUGGGAGGGCAGCAACCAGCAGUGGCAGCAGGGCAGUGGGGCCUUCCCCCAGCAGGCUGGCAGAGGGGCUUCUCCAAUGAUGAUGAACCUGCCUUCCCCCAUGCCCUCGUAUUCCCCGCAUCAACCGCCCGCAUCUUCCCCCAUGGGUGUGGCCCCUCCGCCGUUCAUGGCUGGUCCCCCGCCUCCUUUCAUGCCUCGCCCUCAAAUGCCCAUGCAGCAGCAGAUGCCUCCGCAGAUGCAGCAACCCAUGCAGCAACCCAUGCAGCAACCCAUGCAGCAACCGAUGCAACAGCCAGGUGUCGGGUAUCAACAGCAGCCCCCUACGUUUCAGCAGCCCCUACAACUGGGUCCCGGUACCGCCGAUGCUGGUUCCCCAGCCGUCGUUGCCUCCCCACCCCCCUUCAUUGGAGGCGCCUUCUUCGCUCGCUUAGCCCCAUGCGCUGUAGGCGAAUGUUCCGUGCGCUUCGGCGAUGCUUUUGUGACAUAG